AUGAGGAAAGGCAAGCAACUCAAUAGAAAUCAAAGAAUUAUGCUGAGCAGUCUUGUGUGUGAUGAAGAGACUAUUAAAGUCCUCAAGAGCAUAGGUGAUCUUAAGGCACUAGGGAUUGAUGGAUAUGGCUCUAAGUUUUUCAAGCACUCUUGGAAAAUGGUGGAGGAGGAUGUGAUGAAGACUGUUAAAGGUUUCUUUGAGAGAGGGGAGUUGGACUAUAGGUUCAAUAAGACCCUGGUCACCUUGAUCCCUAAGCAUGAUAAAUCAUCCAAUAUUAAAGAGUAUAGACUUAUCUCCAGCCGUACCACAAUGUACAAUAUCAUUUCAAAAGUCAUGUCCAAUAGAAUUAACAAAGUGUUAGGUAGCAUCAUUAGCAAAAACCAGGCUGCAUUUGUUCCUGGCCAGAAAAUACAUGAUCAUGUGUUAAUUGAUUAUGAAUUGGUCAGAGGGUAUAGAAAAAAAAUGGGGUAUGCCUAG